AUGUGUGACGAAGUACCUGUAGGCGCAGUUGGUGAGAAUUGUGUCGAAAGUUCGAGUCUACAUCUAAAGACCUAUGAUGAUAUUAUAAAAGUCAGUUCUGCUACUGAAUGUCUUGUGAUGGAUAAUUUUCAUAGAUCCUUCCGAG